AUGGCAGAUGCGUCCACGCAGAACGGCAGCGCUGCCUAUGCGCCCUUCACUGCCCUCGAAACGCCCUUCUCAUCGAUCCCUGCCGCCGGAACACCCGAAUACGCCGAGUUUCUGGCACACUACGUCUCGGCCACCUUUGCUUUCGUUCGAGCUACGCCCGAAUGGAAAAAGACCAAGCACUUCACCACGGAUAUCGGCGGCUCCGUUCAGUGCAAGCUCCUACCAAGCCAAGUUUCACAGAUUGCUAAGAAGGGAUGGCAUCUGCGCGAGUCGCAGCACGGCGCUGAGAGCGGGUUGACCUACGAGGAUUUCCAACGUUACCUUAGAUUUGGACACUCGACGAACGAAAAGCUGUACAUCGAGGAUAUUCAGAUGACCGAGUGCGUGGCAAAGGUCAAGGAGGAUGAGACCGAGAUUUGGCACAACACCUACAAAUUGCCCAUCGUGACGGCGGAUAGAGACUUUGUCGAGAUGCUGCUCAGUAUCGACUUGCCACCAAACAAAGAGCCGUUUUCGGAACAGCACGAAACGCAGACGUUACAGUGGAUUCGCGAUCCGCAGCGUAACAUCACUCCUCCUGCAUCUUCCGAUGCACAGCCAGCCUACCGAUCCUUCCUGGUGAUCCAAUUCCCCAUCGAACACCCAGACGUACCUCAAAAGGCACCCAAAGUGCGCGGCGUGUACGCCAGCUUCGAGGCUGUCUACGAAGGUCCUUCAUCAACAAGCAGCACGGAUGCGGAAUCUCAAGCCGCCGCCGUGGUCAACUGGAAAAUGGCCGUCCAGUCAGACUCGAGAGGACGCAUCCCAACCAUGAUGCAGGAAAUGGCCAUGCCGGGUGAAAUCGCCCACGACGUGCCUGCCUUCAUCGGCUGGGCAAAAGACUACAAGGUCUCACAUUCCGCCGACGGCUCAUAA